UUUGUGGCUUUUAAUUUUGAUUCUGCUUAAUUGACAUUGUUUGCCUUGUUUGAAAAAAAAUUCCAAAACAACUAGCAUUUAUUUGGGUGCUAUAUUUGUUUUUUACAAGAUACAUUGGAAAUAAAUACCCAUGAAGUUAUGCAUACAUAGUAAUUUUGCGAUAUUAAAUAGAAAACAGUGUAUGAACAUAAAAUGAGACUUCGGCCACGGUGCGGCUCUUGGCUUCCUUUGUCUACACAACAACUUCGUUUGCGAAAUCUUCUCAGAAUAGAAGGUAUCAAUAUUAAAUGCGAUGAAGCUGGUGCACUUAUAUAUUAUACACUCCACAAAAGUAAAGAUGCGGAUGCGUUUUAUGUAAGUGAAUAUUUGCCCCAUCGGCAAGAACAAAAAUGGACAGAGAUAGUCUGUUCGAACUUAUUUAAAUCAAAUGACCGAAGCGUAUGUGUCAAAGUAUGGGCAAAGCUUAUAACUGGCUUAGCGUCUACGGAGCAUACUACCAAGGCCUCAGAAUUGGAGCGCUUAAGUGCCUUGACUCACGAACUAUCCAAUGUCCACAUAAACUGUUAUAAACACAUCAGUUAUAAAUCAGAUAAAUUGCUUUUUACUUGGGGCAUUUAUUUUUCUGGUCUAAUCCCAUUAAGUGAAAAGAGAGAUAUUAGAUGCUUGGACAACUCACUUUUCUUCCACAUAAACGGAGAAUGGUUUGCAUCGGCAGAGCAUGUUGCUCGGGACAUUUCUUUGAAAGAUAAAUUAAUCAAAACCCACAAUGAUUAUUUCGAAUUUUCAGAAAUAAAUGCUUUUCAAGAGGAAACUGAAUGUAUAUUACCAUCUCGAAGCAUAUCUAGCAUUCAUAUUCCGGAAAGCCGAAAUGCGAUGAGCGUACGAUACAUGCAGUUGUACUUUAAAAGCUUUGAUGUACGUAAAAGUUAUAAUUUGCAACAACUGCUAAAACUGCAAGGAGUACAACGAACACAAUUGCAAAGGAGAAAAGAUACCGAGGAUCUCGCGAUAGAAAUACAGCAGCGAAGCUUAUAUUGCAUAACAAAAGAACAACUCUGCAAUCCACAAACUACAUCAUUAAGCAGCUCAUUCAGUCGUCAUCAACAAAGAAUUACCAUGGGUCGCGUAUUAAGUGAAUUAUUUUCAGAACAACAUCAAAGUAAUCCUCAUUCACUUUUGCGUGCACAAAAAUUAAGAAAGCAAUUAGAGACAUUGCGUUUAAAGCAUCAGCUACUUCAAUCCGAGUGUAAUACACAUUCCUCACGCAUUGCUCAACAAAGAAAUCUGUUGACUUCUUUAAUCGAAAGUCGUCAACAGCGUCAAUGUUGGCUUCGAUCAAAACGCCAACAACUGCAUGCCGAAAAAAAAAUGUUGAGUGAACAAUAUCAGGAAGAAUCUUUUCUUGUACAAAAAAGGCGGGAAAUAAUGCGAGAUAUGGAACGGAGAAUGUCUGCACUCUGUGUGGGACUACGUGAAAUCUAUCCGAUCGAGAAAAAUUCAAGUGGUCUUAAUACAAUAAACAACGUCCCAUUUCCGACUAUGGAUACAUUUGUUAAUGGUACAAAAAAUGGAAAUGCUACAAUCAGUGCUAACAAUAUUUUACCAAUAACUUUGAGUGUUUCACUCGGUUAUAUCGCCCAUUUAGUACAGAUGAUUGCUCUUAUUAUCAACCGGCCUCUAAGAAAUGCAAUUUUUCAUCAGGGUUCACGUUCCCGUAUAAUUGAUAUCGUAAAAGAGAUUCCGUAUACUUGUUCGGAGUUUCCACUUUACAGUCGUUCUAGUAUACCAUCUAAGUCGGUAAAGUAUGCAAUAUUUCUUCUUAAUCAAAAUAUUGCUCAGCUUUGCUACGAUAUAACGGGACUGCGCUGUGAUAUGCGUUCAACACUAGAGAAUAUCCAUCAUAUAUUUACUUAUUUAUCUGAAAUUCAAAGUUCUGAUGAAAACAAACAAAACGAUCAUAACAAACCGUUUGAACUGAAGUACAACAGUUAUACGAAUGCUGGUAACGGGUGUGUAAAUAUAGACAAUAAUUUGAUGUCGAGAUCACUCUCAUCGGUUGAUAUACAUCACAUGACAGUUCCUUUGGCGACUGCUAUGCCAGAGAAUUCCCUGUUGCAGCUGCCGAAUGGUAUGCCAUUUUCAAUUGAAGGCGGAUGUAUUUGUAAGCAACGAAUUAGCCGUUCCGUUGGUUCAUACUCGGACUCUGAAGAGGACUUUAAAGACAUCCACAGGCAUGGCUAUUCCAACUCUGAUUCAAACAUUACGAUGCAGCUUAAUGAUAUUUGAGAAACAUUUACAUAAACGUGUAUAUACCUACAUACGUAUGUGUGUGCAUAUGGUGGCGCAUAAUAACCGUUAUGCUGCAAUUGGUGAGAAUAGAAUAUCGGCCACGAAUCAUCAUAAUAUUAUAAUUGUUUAGAAGAGAUUGUUCCUCAGCAGGAAAUAAGUUAAAUUUCGUAUGCUUUUGCGCCAUUGUGUGUAUGCUUCUGUGCGAAUAUUUAAUUUUCAACAGGCUAAGGAAAAAAUCAAAUUUUUUCUUUGGGCAAAUAAAUCAAUAUUCAAAAAAUAUCGAAAAGUAAGAUUUGCAUUCUUGUAAAAAAAUUCGUGGUAAGGGAUAAUCUUAUUUGAAACAGUAAAACAUAUGAAUGAAACAAGUUAACAAAAGUAUUCACAAAUGAAACCGCAAUGUUAAUUAUGCGCUACCCAUGUAUGUACAUGCAAAUAACUUGGAUGUGUUUUACAUACAACACUCGGUUAGACGAUAUUAUGUAGUUUAAAAUUAUUCCGAGAUAAAUUGUAUAAUCUUAUACAUAGAGUAAUAUUUAUCUGCUGAAGCUGAAAAACAUUGCCUUUUCUACAAAUUACGUAUCAACUUUUACCACAAUUAAAGCCCUACAGCGAUUCUUCGCAUUAAGGGUACUGUCGUUUGGUCCAGGCGAACUUCUGCUGCUUGUGGUAUUUGAAAUCUCUUUUUGCGUUUUGGUUGAUUGCAUGUCAUGGAAUUAGGUCUGCCUAUUGUGUCAGAAGAUAACAGUUGUGAGCAAGGCAGAAUACUUGUGAUAGCAUGCGACAAAAUUUUUUCAAACCCGUUUGUUAUAAUCAUAUAAGGUGGGCAUCAGGAAAAAAAAUAUAGUGGAGUCAGAAUCUGCAUCAAAUGUAUGAAAUGUCGGUGUCAAAAGACCCACAACAACUGUGUCGCUCGCUUUUUUAAAUAUCAACAUUUAAUAAAAAACCGUUAACAAGAUUU